AUGCAAAUAUUAGCAAAAGGAAAUUGCAUAGAAAUAGAACAAGAAAAUUUUCCUUGUCUUAAUGACAUACAAAAUUUGUCAGAUAAUUUUUCAUUUAAACUAGGUUCAGAAGAAUUAAGUUUAAACUGUUUAAGAUAUGUGGAAGCUUUAACAUUUUUACCAAAUUUUGAAAAUGAAAGAUUAUCAAAACAAAACAUUUUAAGGUUUUUCGAUAUAUUCAAAAAAAUUUUAUUCGAUGGAAACAAAUAUUUUUGUAAAGAUGAAGUAAUUUAUUGUAAAUUUUUAAUAACUGCAAUGAGAGGAAUUAGUAAUUUAAUACAGAUGUCUGAUGAUAUUAUAAUCAAUAAUUUAGGUGAAUUAUUAGGAAUAAUAAAGAAGUACAUGUUAUAUGGAUUAUCAGGGCAAGAAAAUUAUGAAAUACAAAAAUUAUUUCCUACUUCUACAAGUAUUCCUGAAGUUUUGAAACCAUCAAUUCAGCCUGUGCAGAAAAUAAGAGGAAAAUAUGACAAGAUAUCAAAAAAAAUUACAGUGACAUCUUUAAAUGAUGUUGAAGUUGAUGAUACAAAAAGUUCCAGUGAUUAUCUUAUACCUUCCGAUUAUGAUAAAAAUGAUUCUUAUUUAAGAUACAAAACAAGUGAUUCUGAUUUAUCUGAUUAUGAAACAUUUCAAACAACUAAAAUUACUUCAUUUAAAUCUAGAACUCGACAUUGUGCUUUAAUAUUAUUAGCAACUGUUGUUCAAAAAACAAGUCCUAAAAUAUUUAUAGGAUACAUGCCUUAUUUUUUACCUGAUGGAUCACAAUUUCAACAUAUGAGAACUUUAUUGACAUGUGUAUUAAGUGAUCCUUGUUCAAAAUGUAGGUGUGAAGCUGUAGGAAUUCUGUCAAUGAUUAUUUUUAAUUGCAAACAGUAUUUUUUAUUGGCUGAUGGCUUAUCAAAAUCUUCUUUCACCACUUUCUCAUGUACAAUAGCUAACAUUAUAAAAGAAUUACAUAAAUGUUUAUUUAAUUCAUUAGAAACAGAAAAAAAUAAUGCUAAUAUAAAGCGUUUAUUAAAAUGCAUAUCAGACUUAAUUCGAUGUACUCCGUAUCAUAAAGUGGAUCCAAGUUUAAUAAAAACUAUAGCUCAGCAAACCAAACCAUUUUUAACACAUAAAGAUGUUAAUAUUCAAAUAUUUGCUUUAAGUGUGUUUGGUUGCAUAAUUUCAGUAGAACCAAAAUUUAAAGAGUUAAAUGAAAUAAUUAUUAGUAAUGUAAAAAAUAAUUCUACAAUCAAAAGUUCUAUUGUAAGUUUAGAUGAUGAAAUUAUCGAUGAUUAUGAUUUAGAUAAUGAUGAAGAAUUUAAAAUAUCUCAAGAACAAAAACCAUGGUUACUAAAUCAGUGCCUUCAAAAUUUGAUGGAAAAAAAUAACGUCCAUGACACUGUAACAAAUGUUGCAUUACAAGUAGAAUCUUUGCAUGUUAUCGGUGCUCUAGCAAGAAACUAUUUUACUGAGACCAUUGUUAGUUAUCCAGAUGAUAUUGUAAAUUUACUGAAAUAUUGUUCGAAUAAAAAUGAAUAUUCAUUAAAGCUUUAUUCUGGAAAAUUAAUGGAAACUAUAUUUCAUUCUCUACAAUUUACCAUGACUCUUGAAGAUGAAAGUAAAAGAGCGUCAAUGUCUCUGGCAUUAUUUUUGUGGGAGUCAUUACUACCUGGUCCCAUUUCUACAUUAAUUCAAAAUCAAGAAGAGCCUAUGCUUCGAUGCACUGGAUGUGAUUGUAUAGCCAAUAUUGGAAUUCAACAUAAAAUUGGGUUUACUUCUUCUGGACAAAAUAGUUUAAUAUUCGAUCAAAUUUCGCGAGAUAAACAAAUAAUGUGUUUAACGUUAUUAUUUGGAUGUCUCAAAGAUGAAAGUUCGGCCGUUAGAAGUUCGUCUGCUCGAGCUCUCGCCAUUUUUGUUCUUUUCCCAUCGUUGAGAGACGAUAGUUUAUUUUUUUUGGAUGCAAUAGAUGCCACAAUAGCUGUGUCAAACGACGAACAAAGCACGGUGAGAACUCAGGCCUCAUGGCUUUUCGGUAAUCUAUCCGAAUCGAUUGUUAUUAAUCAACAAAACGAAAUAGAUGAUGGUGUCACGAUGGACGUUGUUGCAAAACUUUUGAAAACCGGUAUCAAUUUGGCGAGUGACGAGCCCAAAAUCAAGCCCGGAGCAGUGAGAGGCAUCGGAAAUUUGUUAAAAAUAAUAAAUGAAGACUUCGCGUCGAAACACAAAGAUAUCAUCGUGAACGGUUUGGAAAUAUUAAUAAAAAAUUCAACGUCGGGAGCUUUUAUGAAAGCCAGAUGGAAUUCGUGCUACGCUUUAGCCAAUUUACUUCAAAAUUCUUUAAUUAAUUCUAAUUACGAAUGGACAUCGAAAAUCGUAAACACUAUGAUUUCUUUAGUUCAACAUUAUAAAAAUUUUAAAGUUCGAAUAAGUGCGGGUUCCGUUUUGGGAGCACCUCCAACUCGCGAGAGUUACGGAGGUUUGUACAUAACCGUUUGGUCGGCCAUUUUGAACGCUUUGGAAAAUUCGAAAAACAUAUCGGAUUUUAACGAAUAUCAACACAGAGAUCAAUUAGUCGAUCAAUUGUGUUUGGUUAUGUGUCAUUUGAUCACGUUGAUCAAAAAAGACGAUUUAAAUUCGUUACAAGAUAUUUUAUAUUUUCAUUUAGAUAAUUUAGGACAUUUUAUGAAAAAGUUUCACGAAAGGUUAAUCCCGGAAAAAAGUGACGUAUUGUUAAAAGCAACGGAAAAAAUUCAUUUACUGUUUGACGAAAAAGGAAUGAAUGUCGAAGAAAAAAGCAUACUCAGAGUUUUACAAAAUUUGUUUUUAAAUGAAAGUUGA